UUAACUAAAUUCAAAUUAAUGGAGACAGAAAAAUAAAAUGUCUCGCUUUGAUCUUAAACUGAAAAACCAUUAAGAACAACUUUAAAAAUAAAAGACUUUUAAACUCAUCUUCCUCGCUGCUCUUCGUCGGUCUUCUCACCUCUGCAAACACGCACGCGCCGCAGCUCCCUCCGCUGCGCUCGCGGCUGCUGUGUGACUCUCCCUCCCUGUGCGUCCGCGUAAAUCCGCGUGAACCCCCCACCCCCCAGUUUGGGAUCAUGUGACAGCGGAGGAGAAGCGCUCCAUUAAUGGAGCUCCUCGCUCGUGUCGGCGCGCUGAGGAGCAGAUGUGAGGAGGACUCGGAGGAGGCAGCAGCAGCGGCCGCCGCCGCGCUCACCUUCCAGCUGCGCGCGCCAAACAUGCGUGCCAAGCACCGGGCCGGCCCCCCGCCGUGAGUACCGACGCACCGAGGAGUUGGAAGAGUUUGGCCAAAGUUUGCGCGGAGCCUCCAGAAUGCCUCGCCCGGGGAGGAACACGUACAGCGACCAGAAGCCGCCGUACUCCUACAUCUCCCUGACGGCCAUGGCCAUCCAGAGCUGCCCGGAGAAGAUGCUGCCGCUCAGCGAGAUCUACAAGUUCAUCAUGGACCGCUUCCCGUACUACCGGGAGAACACGCAGCGCUGGCAGAACUCCCUGCGCCACAACCUCUCCUUCAACGACUGCUUCAUCAAGAUCCCGCGCAGGCCGGACCAGCCCGGCAAGGGCAGCUUCUGGGCCCUGCACCCGAACUGCGGCGACAUGUUCGAGAACGGCAGCUUCCUGCGCCGCCGGAAGCGCUUCAAGGUCGGCGGCGCGCCGGGCGCGGACCCGCUGGUCGCCAGCAAGCCGCAGGACGCCGCGCACUACCUGCAGCAGCAGCAGGCCAAGCUGCGGCUGAGCGCGCUGCACGCCGCCGCCGCCGCGCACCUGCCGCAGAUGCCGGCCGGAUACAACCUGAGCGCGCCCGCGUCCAGCUUCAAACACCCGUUCGCCAUCGAGAACAUCAUCGCCCGCGAGUACAAGAUGCCCGGCGGGCUGCCGGCCUUCCCCGCGCCCGGAUACCCGCUGCACAACCAGCUGGCGCCCACCUGGCCGCACGUGUACGGCGCGGGCGUGAUGGACACCUGCGACUACCCGGCGGCCUACGGCGUCCCGUUCAAGUCCCUGUGCCACGGCGCGCAGACUAUGCCCGCCAUCCCGGUGCCCAUCAAGCCCACGCCCACGCCGGUGCCCGCCCUGCCCGCGCUCCCCGCGCACAUCCCAGCCUUCCUCGCCAACUCCCCGCAGUCUGUGAGCCCCACGUCCCCGCAGGCCGCCGCCGGUCACGGCAGCCCGGCCGCGCCUGCGGACGCGCCGCCGUCCGCGGGGCUCCCGUCCGCCGUGACCGUCCACUGACGGGCUUCCAGCAGAAAGGAACCUCAUUCCUUCACACGUGAGACUGGAGAUCUUUUAUGGUCCAGAACUUUAAGAUUAAUGACUGUAGCCCCCCUCUCCCCCCCAAAAGUUGGAAAAUCCAGAAAACCAAAUGUGUCCUCGUGCGUUUUGUUGUACAGUUGAACAGUCUCAGUCAGAGGAGGUGGAAUCUCAUUUGUGUGGAUCUGCUCCAGCUGGAGGCCGCGGGGCUCGGAGAACCUGCGGGUUUGUAGCUGCAUGUUCCUCCUGCGUGAAAAAGACUAAGCUUGUGUUUGUGAACUCCAUAUUUCUUCUGGGGAGGGGGCAGGAGGCCUGAAGGGGCAGGUGGGAUUUUUCUCCUGCGUCAUGUUUGCAAAUGGAAUCAUUAAAGAAACCUUGGUGGAGAAUCGGGUCUGAAGUUUCACCUUUUUGUCCCUUAAAGUGGUUCAAGUCGCCAGAACCGAAACAUCUGGAACCAAAGUUCCUUCUGCCGCCAAACCUUCAGAGCUCCUAAAAUGAAUAUUUAUUUAAACAACCAUGUUUUAAAUAUUAAUAUGAAUGUGGAUCAAAUAGAAUUACAACACAAAUGUCAUUAAAUAUACAAAAAAAAACACAUGAAUAAGAUUUAUUGUGCUCCUAAGUGAUUGAAAUAUUGGAUUUCAUAUAAAAGUUAAAUUUUUUAAGUGAAAAAAAUAAAUGUUUGGGUCUUUUUCCUGUU